AUGAGUAAAGCAUAUGAUAGAUUGGAAUGGGAUUUCAUUGAAGCAGCAUUAAAACAAAUGGGUUUCCAUCCUACCUGGGUCAACUGGAUCAUACAGUGUGUUUCCACAGUCUCAUACUCCUACCUCGUUAAUGGCCAGGCUCAAGGUAUAGUGAACCCUCGGCGUGAAAUCCGACAGGGCGACCCGUUGUCACCAUACUUAUUCAUCAUUUGUAGCGAGGUGCUAUCGGGGCUGUGUCUAAAAGCUCAGAGUCAAGGAAACUUACUAGGCCUACGAGUGGCUAAAGGAAGCCCUAGAGUGAAUCAUCUCUUGUUUGCAGAUGACACAAUGUUUUUCAUCCGGUCUGACUACCACAGUUGCAUGACACUCCGACGCAUCCUGCAAAAAUAUGAAGCUGCAUCUGGUCAAAAGAUAAAUCAAGCAAAGUCGUCUAUCACUUUCUCAGCAAAAACUCCCGCAAGUGCAAAAGAGCUAGCCAAAAAUAUCCUCGAAAUCCAAAAGGAGGGGGGUCAGGGGAAACUAACAAUGCUGAAAUCUGUCCUCACAACUAUGCCAACCUACACCAUGUCCUGUUUCCAGCUUCCUGCAUCACUCUGUAAGAGGAUCCAAUCAGCUCUCACGCGCUUUUGGUGGGACAAAAACACAGAAAAGAAGAAGAUGUCAUGGAUUGCUUGGAGAAAACUAGCAAAGCCCGCAAAAAUGGGAGGUUUAGGACUCAGAGAUAUAAAGCUUUUUAACAAGGCCCUUCUGGCAAAACUAAGCUGGCGAAUCCUCACCAACCCACAGAGUCUAUUGGCGAGAGUACUAAAAGGCAAAUACUGUAAGGACUUAUCUUUUUUGGAUUCCUCUGCCCCAAACUCUGCCUCUCAUGGAUGGAAAAGCAUCUGCAUAGGCAAAGACCUCCUCAAGAACAACCUUGGAGUUUUAGUGGGCUCCGGAGAUUGUACUCGGCUGUGGAGAUCCCCCUGGCUAUCCUUAUCUUCUCCACUAGCUCCAAUGGGACCUCCAACGAAAGCCACUCAACAUCUUACGGUUGCGGAUCUGAUAAUUCCUGGAACCAACGAAUGGAAUUCAAAUCUCAUUAGAAACAUCCUCCCUAUGUACGAAGAUGUGAUCAAAAAGAUUAAACCAAGUGGACAGGGGGCAAGAGAUACCUGGGCUUGGCUACCAACAAAAGAUGGCCAAUACUCAGCAAAAUCAGGUUAUUUUGAGACAAAACUGCUCAUCUGGAAAGCUGUGCAAAAUGCUCUCCCGGUUGGGGUAAACCUGAAGUACAGAAAUAUCACGGAUUCUGCUGUCUGCCCCCACUGCAGUGAAGAGGAAUCAGUCCUCCAUCUCCUCUUCCUGUGUCCCUACGCAAAAAGCAUUUGGUCAGCUGCUCCAUUUCAAACAAAACCACACCUAGAGUCGAUCAAGGAUGUCAACCAAGGAAUUGAAAAGGUAAAUAAUCUCUUAUGCUUACCUCCAACAGGCAUCGGAUCUGGCCCGCUAGCUCCAUGGAUAAUCUGGUCAAUCUGGACAGCGAGAAACCAGUUGAUCUUUAGCAAGAAACAAAUCCCAGGCGAGGAAGCCUUGCACCUUGCUAUGAUCAGAGCAAAAGAAUGGCAGGCUGCGCAAAUCCCAGCCCUGUCCCCCCCCCAGGACCCCCAAAGCAGUGAUCAAACCUCCGAACCCCCCCGGGACAUACCAAGAUUCGGCUGGAUCAUUAAAAACGCAGAAGGACAGGUUACAAUCCGGGGAACCGCAUCCUCAUCCCACAUAAACUCCCCUUUGAUGGCUGAAGCGGCAGCAACUCUAAUCGCGAUUAGAGUUGCGAUCGAAUCGGGCAUCGACUCUAUCGCCUUCGCUUCCGACUCUCAAAUGUUAGUCAAAGCACUGAAUCAGAAGCUCCAGAUCAAGGAACUUCACGGGACUCUACACGAUGUCUUCGCUCUAUCUGCAUCUCUCAAUUUCGUCUCUUUCAACUUUAUUUCUCGUACCCUAAAUCGCCAAGCUGAUGCUUUGGCAAAGAAAGCCCUUGGGCUUCUUUGUAACAACACUUAA